AUGGUGCAGCCUGAACUCAUCAACACAUAUAACAAAGGCAUGGGAGGAGUUGAUCUGCACGAUUGGCUCAUAGGAAAGUACAGCAUUGCUAUACGUGGGAAGAAGUGGUAUUGGUGUCUCUUGACCAGGAUGAUAGACAUGACAAUCAUCAAUAGCUGGCUGCUCCAUAGACUUGUGUCAGAUGAGCCUAUAACCCUCCUGGAAUUUCAUCGCCAGAUUGCAGUGAGCUACCUCAAAGCUGCUGCUGUGAAUAGAGAAAAGCCAAGAUUCACCUCAUCACUGGGUUUGCCGACACCUUGGAGUCUCCGACGUGAUGGUGUACAGCACUUCAUUACCCGCACUGGCGACAGCAAAAGGCUUAGAUGCCAGUUAGUAGGAUGA